AUGAACGAUAAUGGUGAGUCGUUAGUGGAUCGCCCAAAGCAAUAUCAGAAGUCAGGAAGAGUUUCCUCGUUGGAACCCUCGAAAUUAAAGAAGGAAGGCCAAGGCGUGAUGCCCUCAAAACCAGACCAUCACUGCCACCACCAACUCCAUACACCAUCCUACCCAUCACUCUUACCCUCUGUCCCAACCUUGAUGUACUGUGAAGGGAGUGAAAGAACUACCAAUGUAGAGCCUAUAUUUCAAGUCCAUGGUGAUGAGUAUGAAGCUGCCAAUACAGAAGUGAAAGCUUCACGAAAAUUGUUGAAUGCAAAGCGCCAAGAAAUAGAUUUAGUACAAUCUAUGAUCAACAGAGUGAAGAAUGCCAUUUUUGUUGAAGAUAUUGAUGCCUGGAUAAACAAUGUGGAACACAUGAUAGAACAUGAAACCUUGCCUUUAAAAGAAGAAAAGCAAUUCAUUCGUGAAAUUAAGCAACUGAAGCAUCUUCGUGGGCAAUUGUCUUCUAAUAUGGGGUGCCGGGAUGAAGUUCAGCAGGCUUUGCAACAGAAAGACCAAGUCGAAGAACGUUUGAAGAUUCUGAGGAAAGACCUGGAUUGCCUUAAAGACAAAGCUUCAAAAGCUGAAGUAGCGGUUGUACUGGGGGGAAAGAAAUAUAAAGAUGAAAGUAAGAGGCUAAAGGAAUUGCAAGCUCAGUUUAGGGUUGCCGAUGAUAUUCGUCAACAAGCAUACUCGUAUUUCUAG